GGCGCUGCCUCCCCGACCGACGACGCAGAGCGGGAGGCACCGAGCAGCAGACGCCGCGGGCAGAGACCGGCUCCAGUCGCGUUCUGAGCAGCUCCCGGAGCAGCAGGACCGCCACCGGGCUCUCGGUUCCGUUCCGCGCUCUGACUUUUACGCACGGCCGCUUGGAGCGCUUUUACGCGUCGGGGCGGCGCGCGUAACGGAGCGCCCACCUGUCCGGCGGAGCGAGGCUUCCCCGCGGAUCCCCGAGGAUGUGAGGCUCCCCGACCCGAGGCGGAACACCGGGGAGCAGCGAGCGGACGGGUCGGAGCUGGCUCUGGGCAAAUCAUGCGCAGCCGUGUGAGGAGCAGAGGCUGAGGACGAGAGUCUGUCCAGAGAGAGAGACCGAGACACAGACAGAGAGAGAAAAACAAGUUUUCCACUCUUCCGCGCCGAGAGGAUGGAUGGAGAACAUUCAGGAGUGGAGCGGGAACGAGAGAAGCUUCCACCCAUUUACCACAGCUCCGCUCCUGCUGGUUUUGGACGAGGAGCCAAGCAGCCGUUUCCGUCCCUGGGAACCUUCAUCUCCACGCUGAGCCAGAGGAGGGACCUGGGGGGGCGGGGCCUGCCCGGCGGCCUCAUGGGCACCUUGACCGGCACCCAUGGCCUCAGACACGUGAGAGAGUUGCCUCCGAUCUGCAACGACGUGCGGCAGAAGCAGCGUCUCUCCAUCGACACGCUGCCUCCUGAGGUCAAGGCCCCAUUCCCCAGCGACCCCAUCAUCCCGCUCCGGACCAAGACCACCAAGGAGUUCCAGGAGGACAUGGAGCGCGCCGUCCAAUCGGGUGACUGGAGGGAGGUCAGGGAGUUUUACCUGACCACCUUCGACUCCUUCAUAGAAAUCAACGCUGCCUUCAAGCGAGAGGCGAAUGGAUUGUUUAACACGACGGACGACUCGGGGGUCAACGCCAAGUUCGUGAACGCUGUUUACGACGCGCUGCUCAGCACACCUCAGGACAUCCAGAAAUCUGUGCUGAAGGGGAUCAUCAACAGCCUGCUGAGGGAGUGGAAAGGGCCUCGGACGAAAGACGACCUGCGAGCUUACUUCAUUCUGGUUCAGAACCCGCAGUAUUCCAGUACCAGCACCUACGUGAUUUACGCUCACCUGCUGAGGCAGAUCGCCGCCCUGUCUGAGGCCGACCACCACUUCCUGGUUUACUGGCUCAAGAAGCUGUCAGCCAGGCGCUUCAGGCAGCUGGUGGAGCGCCUCCUGCAGUUCAUCUCCACCCGGCUGUUCCCCGCGGAGCCGGACGAGCUGCCCCCUCUGUCCAAGUGCUCGUGGUGGAUUCCCUCGGCCACCAAAGUGCUCAGCCUCUUCAACGCAGCCAACAGCGUCUCCUCUCCGCCCAUCAUGCCGUUCACCGACUUCUACAACAUCACUCUGGAGCACAUCGACUUCAUGGAGGAGUACAGGACGUGGCAGAGCUACGGCAACUCCAACAGGUUCUCUUUCUGUCAGUUUCCCUUCAUCCUGUCGACUGUGGUGAAGAAAGCCAUCAUCCAGAAGGACUCGGAGCAGCAGAUGAUCAGCCAGGCCAGGCAAAGUCUGGUCAGUAAGGUUUCCCGCCGGCAGCGGGUGGACAUGAACCUGCUGUUCCUCAACAUUAAAGUACGACGAGCACAACUCCUCAGCGACUCGCUGGAUGAGCUGACGAGGAAGCGGUGCGACCUGAAGAAGAAGCUGCGCGUGACGUUCGUCGGGGAGGCGGGCCUCGACAUGGGCGGCCUGACCAAGGAGUGGUUCCUGCUGCUGGUGCGACAGAUCUUCCACACCGACUACGGUAUGUUCACCUACAUGAAGGACUCGCGCUGCCAUUGGUUCAGCAGCUGGAAGUGUGACAACUACUCAGAGUUCCAGUUGGUCGGGACUCUGAUGGGCUUAGCGGUGUACAACAGCAUCGCUCUGGACAUCCACUUCCCCCUCUACUGCUACAGGAAGCUCCUGACUCCGCCCACUGCACCAUGUGACCAAAACGCCCUCGUCGGCAUGGCGACCGCCACUCUGGACGACCUGCAGCAGAUCAUGCCGGAGCUGGCUCACGGUCUGGGAGAGCUGCUGAGCUAUGAGGGGAAUGUGGAGGAAGACUUCUACCUCACCUUUCAGGUGUUCCAGGAGGAAAUGGGCGUCGUGAAAUCUUACAACCUGAAGCCUGGAGGAGACAAGAUCGCAGUCACCAAGCAGAACAGGAAGGAAUACGUCCAGCUCUACGUCGACUUCCUGCUCAACAAGUCCAUCUACAAGCAGUUCGCCUCCUUCUACCACGGCUUCCACAGCGUCUGCGCCUCCGACGCGCUCAUGCUGCUGCGUCCGGAGGAGGUGGAGAUGCUGGUCUGCGGCAGUCCCGAGCUGGACAUGAGCGCCCUGCAGAAAGCCGCUCAGUACGAAGGCUACAGCAAGACCGACAGCACCGUACGUUGCUUCUGGGACGUAGUGCUGGCCUUCCCUCCGGAGCUGCAGAAGAAGCUGCUCCACUUCGCCACAGGAAGCGACCGCGUUCCCGUCGGAGGGAUGGCUGACCUGAACUUCAAGAUCUCCAGAAUCGACGUUCCCAACCGACUGUUGCCGAUCUCUCACACCUGCUUCAAUCAGAUCUGUUUGCCUCCAUAUCGAACCAGAAAGGAGCUCAAGCACAAACUGACCAUCGCCAUCUCCAACGCAGAGGGCUUCGGCCUGGAGUGA